AUGACACGCAGGGUAUCGAUUUAUGGUAAUCAAGAAAGUAAACUUAUUAUUCUUGCAUCACAAGGACCAAUUGAGCUUGUUCGUAUUAUGCGUUCUUAUGAUUAUGAAAAAUUACUUUGGACAACAUCAAGAGUAUUAAAAGUUUUGUCAGUAUGCUCCAGUAAUAAACCAGCAAUUGUUGAAGCUGGUGGUAUGCAAGCACUUGCAAUGCACUUGGGUAAUCCAAGUCAAAGGCUUGUCCAAAAUUGUCUUUGGACUUUACGAAAUCUUUCUGAUGCUGGUACAAAAGUUGAUGGACUUGAAGGAUUACUAUCUGGGCUUGUUCAAGUACUUGCUUCUCAAGAUGUCAAUGUUGUUACAUGUGCAGCUGGAAUUCUUUCAAAUUUGACAUGUAAUAAUCAACGCAAUAAGAUUUCGAAGGAAAGAGGCCAAGGAUGUCUAGAUCUCGAUCAAGUAUUUGGAUAUUGCCCAUCAGUGUUUCGUGACUAA